GAAAGAGUACUCGACAGUUUUCGCCACAAUGUAAAUACGCCCAUAGUAAAGUCACGUGGUGAAAAAAGGACACCGUUGUUGUUGUAAUUUACUUGAAAUUAAGGACAAAGUUUUCAAAAUGCAGUGCGAAUUUUCGGAUUUAAAUGUUCUGUUAAAGGCAUCCUCCAAAGAUGAUGUUAUACAGAUUUGUCGUGAAGCAUUUUUAUACCGAAAUAAACCAGUAUUAUCUGAUAAUAUUUUAAAUAUGGCUAUAGAUAAACUAGGCUCUGAUAGAUCUACUGUUACUAAGUUAUAUAAAAGUUUGAGUGUAUUAUUAAAGAUGUCAGUAUUCCAUGGAUCAUCGGAUCCCAAGUUUCUACUCCAGUUAUAUCCUAGUGAUUUUCAGAAGAAUUUAAAAGAGUUAUUAAUUAAGAUUACUAUAGAUAAUAUGAGUAGCUGGAAGUCUAUAGCUAGUGCUAGUCAAGUAUCGCUACCUAAUUUAGUAGAUUUUGAUUGGCGUGUGGACGUCAAGACAUCCUCUGAUUCUAUAGCAAGGAUGUCCGUUCCCACCUGUAUCUUAAACAUGCAGGUUCAGGAGACAGCAACUGAUGUAAAUUCUAUGCCUGAUGUUAAUGGUGUGCAGGUUGAACUCUCUAAAGAAACACUUGACACCAUGUUGGAUGGUUUAUCAAAAAUACGAGACCAAUUAAACUCCGUAGCCAAUAGAUGAUCAGCUCGUAAUUCUAUUUAUACUUUGUUAUUCUGGACCAGCGGUGUCCAAUCUAUGGUAUACGUCACACAAUGGGCCGUUUCAAGUGGCACAUUGCACCUCAUAAUAAUAAUAAUGAUCGAACAUUCAUAAUAACACAACUUUAUGGAUUUAUUACUUCUUGACAUUGAUUGUUAUAAAUUGUUUUACUCAUGGAUGUACUAUAAAUGUAAGGUUAUUAUUCAUUAUUGAUCAUUACUUGAUAAAGAUACCUGUAAGGUUAUUGAAACGUGUGUAAUAAACCAAGAAGUAGUAAAUCUAUAAAGUUGUUAUUAUGAAUAUUAAUACCAUUAUUAAAAUAAUAUUUAUAUUUAUAUAUACAUAGAUUAAAUGGGGGACGGAAGCGUGUAAUAAACUAACAAGCAGUAAAUCCAUUUUUCCAUGAAAAAAUUCAUUUUACUUGUGUCCCUGUCUUUGGAUAUGUUGGCCAUUUACAGUAAGCCCAUAACAAAAAGAUAUAUUCUGGGGCCUGUUUCACGAAAUUUUAACUAACAUAAAAUCCAAAUUUUAGUAAUUUGAUUGGAUAAUAUUAGAAUGAUUUUAGUGCUUAGCCAAUCAAAAUUGAAGUAUCUACUAAAAUUUGGAUUUUAUCUUUAGUUAAGAUUUCGAGAAACAGGGCCCAGAUUCUUAUAAUAUUUUUAUGGGUGUAGUCAGAGAGUUUAAAAAUAAAGUUGUUAAGUUUAUUUUGUAUCUGUUUUAUUGUCAGUCCUGUAAAAUAAUGGUGUCGGUUGUACUUGAUAAAAAUAAUACCGGCCAUUUUGAACUUUUUGUGUGUGAAAUAGUUUUAUUUAACGUCUGCUUCCACUGAAGUGAUAUCAAAGAUAAUUUAACUUUUUGUCGGACAUUAUGGAACCUUUUGUCUGUGUGAAAUGGCUUUAACGUCUGCUUCUACUGAAGUGAUAUCGAAGAUAAUUGAACCUUUUGCCGGACAUUUGGAACCUUUUGUCUGUGUUAAAUGGCUUUAACGUCUGCUUCCACCAAAGUGAUAUGGAAGAUAACUGAACUUUUUGCUGGACAUUUGGAACUUUGUGUGAAAUAGCUGUAAUAUCCACUUCCACCAAAGUGAUAUUGCCAACAAUUUAAUUUUUUGCCGGACAUGUAUUAAUUUAAUUAAUAAAAACACUGCAAAAAGACAAAAUGGCCGACAGAGGGACUGUGACAGAUGCCUUAUUUCCAGGCUUGUGUAUUGUUAUGUUAAUUCAGAAAAACUAAUAAAGAUUAAUUUAUUAUGAUUUUA